UUUUGAUAUUUUUGACAUGACAAUUCCGAUAUUUUGGAUAUUUUUACAACUAGUUUUGAACUUAUGUUUUUGUUCAACGUUUACCGUAACUGCCGCUUGAUAAAUAUACUGUCAGUUAUUUCUCUCCAGUUAACUUCAUGAUGACAGCUGAAGCAUCAAUCUGAUAUUUAAGUUUGCUUUGUUUUAAAUAAAACGGAUUGAGGGUGUACAACAAAUGUGACCUGGAUAAAAUAUCCAAGUCUCUAAGCAACAACCCGUCUUUUUUUUAAUGAUUUUAGACUUACAAACAAAAAACGAUUAUAGCAGUAAAAUCUCGUAUUAUUGGAAACUUUUAAGACGAACUCAACAUUGAAGCAUUUCAGCUAAUAGAGUUGAUUAGAGAUAAUGUUUUUCAGUUACUUUUAACACUUAUAAGCAACUCAACUUAACGUGAGCUGCAACAGUCGACAGACGAGAUCGCAAUGGAGUCAUCUGCUUGCUAUAAGGUUGAACAACUACCUGGUCCUGCCUGUUUGCUAGGUGAAGGUCCCAUCUGGGACGUAGACAGCCAAAGCUUGUAUUAAGUGGAUAUUCUUGGUGCGGCAAUUCUUCGCUUCGAUUACGGACAGAAUCAAACGUUCAGGGCAACUAUUGAUGGUUUGGCGCCGAUUUCUUUCAUCUUUCUGGUUGAAGGACGCCGUGGUGAGUUCGUUUUGGGUACGGAGACGGAGCUAACUUUGGUUAGCUGGGAUGGUAAAUCUGCCAAAGCAACAUUUUUAGACACGUUGGCCAGUUUGAAAUUGGAAGGAGGUAACCCGAUGCGUUUCAACGAUGGCAAGGUGGACCGGUUUGGUCGUCUGUAUACUGGUACUAUGCUAAUGGAGGGACAUGGGGAUGUGUUCAAGGAGAGAGAUGGUAAACUGUAUCGAUUCGAUGGUAAAUUGGGUAAGGGUUUCAUAGAGCAAAAGGAUGGAAUCGGUAUUUCCAAUGGAAUUACCUGGAACAAGGAAAAUGACGCUCUUUAUUACGUUGAUUCCUGUGCAUUUGAUGUGAAAGUGUUCCAGAUUAAUGCUGCUGGUGAUUUGAUGAAUGAACAGGUGCUGAUUGAUUUUAGCAACAAUGGAAAGAUUCCAGGAUUCGUUGGGGAUGGAAUGCCUCAUGAUGCGGAGGGUAAUCUGUACUUGGCUGCAUGGUGUGGUUCGAAAGUUCUGAAAAUUGAUCCAGCGAAACGAUCGAUCGUUCAAGAAAUAGGGCUUCCGGUUACGCAAGUGACCUCGGUUGCAUUCGGUGGUCCUCGACUUGAUGAACUGUUCGUCACCACAGCAGCCACGGAGAUAUUUGAUGGAACGGAGGGACUGAUCAAUCUGCGACCGCCCGGAUCGGGGAAAGUUUUUAAGGUUACUGGAUUAGCAGUAAAGGGUCAAGGAAUGAAUAAAAUUGUUCUGAAUGAGUAACCACAA